AUGGGCGGGUGGGACGCGUUCCGCACGACGUGCUACGACGACGCGUACAUCCUCUCCCUGCCCGGGUUCCACUGGUUCAAGGCGCCGGACAUGUCGGGCGGGCCGCGGGCCUUCCACACGUGCAACGUCGUCGGCAACCGGCAGAUGGUGGUCGUCGGCGGCGUCAACUACUACAACCUCGGCGUCCCGGGAGACUGGAAGGAUCCCGACCCGUGGAGCCAGGGCAUCGGCGUCUUCGACAUGACGCAGCUGAGCUGGAGCGCGGGCUAUGACGCCGGCGCCGCGGCGUACGAGUCCCCGGACAAGGUGAAGGCGUGGUACGAUCAGGGGAAUGGGAACCAGGUGGCGUGGACGGAUGAUAAAGUCAAGGCGCUGUUCACGUCGAAGAGCGGCAAUGGAGGAUCAAGCGGGACUGGGAGCGGUGGGAAGAGUUCCAAGUCCUCGCCCAACCACACCGGCGCCAUCGUGGGUGGUGUGGUGGGCGGUGUCGCUGGCCUGGCACUGAUUGCCGGCGCUGCGUGGUUCCUGAUGCGGAGGAAGAAGAGCAAUGCUGCUGCGGCGGGAACGGGAGCCGAGAAGGCGAAUGCCAAUGGGCGAGGCGAAUACGCGUACCAGCAAGCACCGCCUUACGAGGGGCCGGCUGAGGUGGCUGGAGAAGGGAUGCAGCCGAGUCCGAAGAGGAUGUCCGAGCUGCCGGCCGGCGGCGGUCACGAAGUGCACGAGUUGGCCGGCACAGAGGGAGCAAGAAAGUAA